UAGUUGACCAAAAUAUGUUUGAAAAUUCAAAUACUACCCUGGCACCAAAGUUGCCCAUUGUCAAAUCUGCCUUCCGUUCCUCCACUGGUACAAAUCUGCGAAUGCAGCCAGAGUGGAAAACUGGCAGUCAACAUCUAAAAAACCUCAGCAUGUCUGUUGGUGCAAAAGUCAGUGAUUUCCUGCGCAGGAAAGAGCCCACCAACCAGAGCAUCUUUGGGGUAACAGAAGUCAAUGAGCGUGCAGAGGCAGCCCUCCCUUUUGGACAAGGCACAUUGCUGGGAGGUCAGGACCAGGCAAAUAGGCAGACAUCAACAAAUGUAAUUCCAAGGCUUAAUCCACCCCCACUGAGUACCAAAAAGCGUACUCCAAGAGCUCUGAAAACCACUCAAGAUCUACUGAUUGCUUCCAAACCACAGAUGAAGACUACAGAAAUUUUACUUCCUGAGGAACUCCGGAAACUUCAGUGCCCACCCACUAAUACAGAGGCAGCUUUUAGAGAAAUUAAUUCAUUGACCCAGGGGAAAGUUGGAACCAGCAAUAGGGCAUUUGAUGUGCCUGAUCUCAUUCAUAAGAAGAAUAUGGAGCCCAAACAAAGUGCAAUUCAUGGUAUACCUUCUUCUACUCUCCCAGAAAAUGUGGCUCUUAGACUUGAUUUAACUGCUGGUAAACGCAUUCCUGAAUACCAAAGCUGUAAGAUGCCUUCAGAAGCAAAGAUACCAACCUUAGAAGGUGAAAGUCAUAGCCCAGACUUGUUGUCUUUUGAGUAAAACUGUCUUUUAUUUACAGCAGUGCCUCACUUUUAUUGCCAAGAUGAUCAUCAUAGCAAUUUCUUUAUGAAAACUUUCUGAGCCAGGUGUUGGAAUUGUUCCCAUAUUCCCUGAAAGCAGCUUUCUAUUCUC